AUGGCAGACAAGGAUAUCGCAACCAGGGCGCCCGAGAGCGACGUCCGAGAAGCGACUACCGCAGUGCCUGCACAGGCCGCUGAGCAGAGUAUCUUCCCAGGAGACACAAGGGCACAAGAGGGGCCGAGCAUGGGUUAUAUGCUGACCAGCCAGGAACAUUGCACCUCCGACCGUCCAACGCCCUCGGGCGAGAAGCCAACUGGCAACCUCACCAAGCUCGGCGGUAUCGAGUGUUACGUCGCGAAGCCUGCCGACUACCCACAUUCACCGUCGAAACUUCUGCUCCUGCUGAGCGGAGGCACGGGUGUCAAGUCGACGAACAAUCAGCUACAAGCCGACAAGUAUGCCUCGGAAGGCUAUCUGGUCGUUAUGCCGGAUCAGUUUGACAAUGAUCCAGCGCCGAACAGCGUGGACAUGACCAAGAUCUCAAAGGAAGCUUCCUGGCUCGAGUCAGUCAAGCUAAGGACUGCAGAGGGCGUCAAGUCAUUCAUGAUCGACAUGUGGCUCGCUCGUCACACACCGGAAAAGGUCCUACCCGUGCUCCACAAGGUCAUCGAGGCUGCCAAAGAGGAGUACGCCGACGCCGUCGCGAAUGGAGGAGGCAUAUAUGGUAUAGGCUACUGUUUUGGCGCAAAGUACAUCCUUAUACUCGCCAGCGACCUUCCAGAUACGCUUGCAUGGGGUCAAAUAGCACCUGGAGACGAAGAGCAGGGCAGUUUGAAGAAAGCGCCAGUGUUGAAGGCUGGUGCAAUCGCACACCCGACCAUGACGACGAGGGAGGAUCUCGAAGCCGUCAGAUCGCCUGUUUACAUCGCCGCUGUAAAGGAUGACCCAAUGUUCUCGGAAGACGAAGUUUUGAUGCCUGGGCGGAGAGCCAUGGAGAUGAACAAGGUCGAGCAUGAAAUCCAAGUCUUCUCCGGCGUUCCUCAUGGGUUUGCAGUACUGGGUGACUACGAAGAUGCAAAGAUCAAGCAGUCCCAAGCGCAGGCUUUCGGCCAAAUGUUGGGUUGGAUCCAAAGCCAUUGA